CGCCGAGGCUUAGGCCCAUUCGACACACAGCAGCCCCUGAUGGCGGACGCAUCCGCAACAUUUGCCCUGCUCGCCCUCGCUCUCCUGGUCGCCGUCAACUCGGCACAGGGCCAGUAUGACGACGAAUUCCCCGAGGAGAAGCGCAGAAUCGCAUCUUUGGCACGUAAUGGUGACCUUCCCAGCUUCGGUGAUGUGGACAUGAAGCGUUUCGCGCACCCCUUGUCGUGGCGUCGGCAGGAGGAGGAAAAACGGGUUGUCCAUCCCAUGUCGCACCAACGCAUAAGGGAAAGGCUGCUGGAGGAGGAGAAGAGGUUUUCGCAUCCGGUGACCAGCUCGUGGAACGACGCACGCGACGCCGAGGAAGACGCAGAACGCAAACUCAUCGCUGAACUUCUGGACGAAGAGAUUGAAAAACGAAUGGGAGUGGCAACGCUCGCACGCUCAGGAAGUUUGCCAGGAAAACGCAACAUUGCCGCGAUGGCCCGAGAUGGCUACCUGACGCAGCACACACGCAACUCACAGGACGGAUCGGACGACGCCGACGUUGAGGACGAACCUGUGGAAAUUGAUGAGAUCGCGAAACGCAACGUGGCCGCCCUGGCGCGCAACUUCCAAAUGCCAUUCGGCGGCAAGCGCAACGUGGCAGCGCGGGCGCGUCAGAUGUCACGCUACGCAGCCGUCAAGCGCAACAUCGCCACCCUGCUGCGCAGCCGAGUCGGCGGCAAGCGCCAGCCGUACGCCUUCGCCCGUCUCUCCGGCAUCAGGGACGACGUUGAGGAAGAGCAGACCGAGCAGGAGAAGCGCAACAUCCAGGCCAUUCUGCGCACCAUGCGUCCGCCGGGUAACACCCUGAGAAACCGCUUCGCACGCAGCUUCCCCCCGAUGCUGGCGGCACUCAUGGCCAGGGGUCAGAAGGACGACAGCAAGAGGCACCUUGGCUCUGUGUUGGCUACCACCGGGCGCCGCAAGCGAUCAGCCCUCCAUGACCCGAUGGAGCUGACGACAGGAGGCGCCGAGUAUCCAGUCUUGAGCUACGAGUACGAGUAUGAAGAGGUGCCGCAAAUACACGAGGACAAACGAUUCCUUGAUGUGGAUCAGUCUGGUGAGGUGUCCAGCAGCGAAAACCCGAUGCAGAAGCGCAACAUCGCCUCGCUGGCCCGCCUCGGCUGGCUGCCCGCGCCUCUCCGCUACUAAACCCUGCGCCAACCGACCCCCAUAUUCUCUCCUACUUGACCCUACCCGGCCCACGGGCCUCCGGCUGAGCCCUCGGGCGGCUGUCGUGGCCGGCCCGCCCCGGCGCUCAGUACCCGCCAGACUGAUGCUCGCUUGUUCAGGGCGCAUCCCGCACAUGGGCAGGACGACGAGCGGCAGGUCGUCUGGUGGACAAACCGCGCCGUCGCGACGCCGUCCCAGGGAGGCCUAGUGGGCGCCGUCUACCGCGUAGCCGUAAGAAAAAAUAAUCUACCAUGAAUCGACAUGUCGACGACAAUACACACGAAUGAGUGACAAUAAGUACCCGGCCUAACGGACCUCCAAUGUCGACAAUAAAGACGAGUUGAACACAUUCAAAUCAACAUUUACCAUUACAA